CUCUUCCCUUUUGAGUUCACAGGUCUGGAGAAGGGAAGAUUGUGGAGCGUUUCUCUCGGGAUCUCAUGUGCGAGAACUGCGCAGCCGGGACGGGGACUUCGCGUGGCCUGGAGCUUUGCUGAGAGCUGCGUUCUUGUGGCGGGGUCGGAAGUGGUACGUCGCGGGCCGCCCUCCGGCCCAGGCGGGGCCGCAGUGCCCGGGUCUGGCCUGGAUCUCGGACCUGGGAAGCUGAAUCUUCACCGUCCUCUACAUUGUCCCAAAAACUACCAAAAAUGAACAUAUCUAAGACAUCAGUGUCAUUCAGGGACGUGACUGUGGAGUUUACCCUGGAGGAGUGGCAGUGUAUGAGCUCUGCUCAGAAGACCCUGUACAGAGAUGUGAUGCUGGAGAACUACAGCCUCCUUGUCUCAUCAGGGUAUUGUUUAACAAAACCAGAUGUAAUCGUCAAGUUGGAGCAAGAUGAUCCAUUGUUGUUAGAGGAAGAGAUUCUAAGCAAGAGCCAUGCAGACUGCAAACUUGAUAACCUCUUAGAGAAAAGCCUGGCAAAUCAAGGAAAAUAUUUGCAGCAAGACUUUUUUACUCAACUUCAGAAUACAGACACAGGUGAGAAAACUUUCAGCCAGAAGUCACACUGCAGAGAACAUCAGAGCACUCACUCAGAAAUAAAGCCCUUUGAAAUUGGAAGUAACUUAAGCCCUAAUGCAGCCCUUACCAUAUCCCAGAAACUUGACACAAAGAGGAGCUUCUGUGAUGAUACCAUAUUUUGGCAAACCUUAUACCCUCAGACUACCUUUACUGUACAUCAGAGAACUCAAAUGAGUGUGAAACCCUAUGAAGAAUGUGGAAAAUCCUUCUCUAGGAAGUCAUACCUCAUUGGACAUCAGAGAACUCAUAGUGGGGAGAGACCUUAUGCAUGCAAUGAAUGUGAGAAAACUUUUACCCACAUGUCAUACCUCAGAGAACAUCAGAGAAGUUGCAUAGGGGAGAAACCCUAUGAAUGUAUUGAAUGUGGGAAAGCUUAUGGCCAUAAAUCAACCCUAAAAAGACAUCAGAGAACUCACACAGGGGAGAAACCCUAUGAGUGUAGUAAAUGUGGAAAAGCGUUCUAUAGAAAUUCUCACCUCACUGAGCAUCAGAAAAGUCACGCAGGGGAGAAACGCCAUGAAUGUACUGAAUGUGGGAAAGCUUUUACCCACAUAUCAUACCUCAGAAAACAUCAGAGACGUCACACAGGGGCGAAACGCUAUGAAUGUGGUGAGUGUGGAAAAUCUGUCUGUAGGAAGUCAUACCUCAUUGUGCAUCAGAGAAUUCACACAGGGGAGAAAGCCUAUGACUGUAAUAAAUGUGGGAAAACUUUUAGACAUAAGUCAUCCCUAAAAAUACAUCAGCGUACUCACACGGGAGAGAAACCCUACGAGUGUAAUAAAUGUGGAAAAUCCUUCAAUAGAAAAAGUUACCUCAGUGAUCAUCAGAGAAGUCACACAGGGGAGAAACCCUAUGAUUGUAAUAAAUGUGGAAAAUCCUUCCAUAGAAAGAGUUACCUCACUGAGCAUCACAGAAUUCACACUGGGGAGAAACCCUAUGAGUGUAACAGAUGUAGAAAAUCCUUCUAUAGAAAAUCUUACCUCAUUCUGCAUCAGAGAAGUCACACAGGGGAGAAACCCUAUGAGUGUAACAAAUGUGGAAAAUCCUUCUAUACAAAGUCUUACCUCACUGAGCAUCAGAGAAGUCACACAGGGGAGAAACCCUAUGAGUGUAACAAAUGUGGAAAGUCCUUCUAUAGAAAGACUAACCUCACUGAGCAUGAGAGAAGUCACACAGGGGAGAAACCCUAUGAGUGUAACAAAUGUGGAAAGUCCUUCUAUAGAAAGUCUAACCUCAUUGAGCAUCAGAGAAAUCAUACAGGGGAGAAACCCUAUGUAUGUAUUCAAUGUGGGAAGGCUUUUAACUGGAAGUCAUUACUAAGUAGACAUCAGAGAAUUCACACUGGGAGAAACCCUAUGGAUGUAAUGAAUGUCGGAAAGUUUUCACCUAUAAAGUCAACCUCAGGUUACAUCAGAGGGUCCACACAUGAGAGAAACCCUAUGAAUGUAAUACGUGUGAAAUAUCUCUCUCUAGGAAGUUUCACUUCACUUGGCAUCAGAGAAUUCACACAGGACAGAAACCUUAGGAGUGUAACAAGGGUGGAAAGUCCUUCAAGAGAAAUUCUCGUCUACCUCUGCAUCAUAGAAUUCACACGGGAGAAACCCUGUGAAUGGGUUGAAUGUGAAAAAGCUUUUAGCCAAAUGCCAGUCCUAAACACUUCAGAGAACUCACACUGGGGAGAAAUCCUAUUAUUAAUGAACGUGGGAACGUUUUCAUCUACAAACAACCUCAGAGUACGUCAGUCCCCAUGUGGGGGAAACCCUAUGAAUGUAAUGGAUAUGGGGAAACUUUGACUGGAAGUGCAGCAUCAGAGGACUCAGGGGAAGAUCAAUGAAUAUAAUAAACCUGGAAAUUUUCCCUUUGAGAAAUCAACCAUCAAUCAACAAAACUCACAGAGAAAUCUCUCAUGUGUAUUGUGUAUGGAUAGUGUUUCAACCAGAUUUCAGCCCUCAUUGGACAUUAGAGGACUCACACAAGUGGUAAAUCCUUGAAAUUAAUCACUUAUGAACAGUCUUUCCACCAGACUACUCAAUGGGUGUUAGAAAUUUACACAGAAAAAAAUUCCUGUGAAGGUAAUGGAUGAGGAAAACUUCUCUCCCCAAAGACUACCUUCAAUUUAAUUGUACUGGAAUCCAACAUGAGGGUUGUGGGAAUUAUGCACUUUUUAUGCAAAAACCAUCAUCAUGUAAAUAUGUUAGAGGAUACAUUUGGUUAAUUAAAAUACGUAUGUUCUGGGCUUCCCUGGUGGCGCAGUGGUUGACAGUCCGCCUGCUGAUGCAGGGGACACGGGUUCAUGCCCCGGUGCAGGAAGAUCCCACGUGCUG